UUCGCCGCGGCCAGACGUGCAAGUGGCGUUGCCUACGUGCCGGGGUGAAACUUGCUAGCACCCCUUAUCGAGCUUUCAGAUGGCUGUGGUUUUUAGAUUUUGACGUUUUCUUCAUUUCCCCUUCUCCUGUUGUACACGUUUCUUUUUUUGCUGUCUUCGUUCUAGUAUAUAUGGUACCGAUACGUUGUUUUCGUCGCUAGGACGUCACCCCCGACAUGCCACGAAAAAUCGGAUUCAACGUCGUGUACGCAACCAGCGAAGAAGAUAGACACUCUUCGUUGGAGCUGAACGUUCAUGGACCGACGGUAAGAGGCUGGCAGAGUUCAAGAAGAUGUACAUAUCCUCAAGAACUCAUUCUGCGCCUUCAUGGCCCGACGAAGCUUACGAGGAUACAAGUCUUGGCUCAUCAAUAUUUAAUUCCUGAAAAAUUGGAGAUUUGGACAUCGAGGGAAGAGAAUGCAUCCGUGACGACAGAGUUCAGUUAUUUGGGUUAUAUUACGUUGUCCGACAAUGCCUCGACCAUGUACAAAAGUAGAGAGCUGAAAAGCGUUGCCCUCCCAGAAACAGAGGCGGUCACGCUAAAACUAAGACUUCAUAAACCGCACAGUAACGCGCACAAUGUUUAUCAGCAGGUCGGUCUUAUCGCUAUUAACAUUCUCGGUGAACCUUACGGGCAAGAGCUCACUGGCCAAGGAGAUGCACCGUAUAAUCCCCAUUACACAUCCCCAUAUGACGAUUUGGCGUUCGAAAUGUACGUCGAUCGCGAAGUAGCCAAGAUCAUAAGACAGAUGGAAGCAAAAAAGUUACAAGCUGUAGAAGAGGAGAGAUUCGAGUAUGCUUCGAAACUUAAAGUAGCGAUGGAGAACCUAAGGAAAGCUGGAGAACGUCUCGGAAAGUAUGAAUUGGAAAAGAAAUAUGCGAUAGCGUUAGAGGACUACGAUAAGGCUAAAGCGAAGAAAGCACAAGCGCAACAAUACAGACAGCAAGUCUACCAGAGUUUAGAGGUGCAAGAUCUACUAGAGCUUCAUGGGCCACUGGAAAAGAAUAACAAGUCGUCGAUGGAAGGGAAAGAGUCUAUAUCGAUAGAUACCUGUACUUCGAAUACAACUACUGUUCCUGAAGACAUUACAUCUCCUCCGAGAUUAGUGAUUCCACCAAAUCGCGAUGGAGCCAUAUCGCCGACUGGCCCGGCGCAUCAGCCUCCUGUUUCGCCUCUGCAUCAGAAACCAAACAGUCCUGAAGUUACGGAUAGUCCCACAAACGGUGUCGUAGAGAGACAGAAUAAUUGCAACAAGGGUUCUCUCAGAAGAAAAACUAAAUCGGCGGGGCCCGCACUACGUUCCAGCUACGAAGCUUACGAAGAGAGGACGAUUCCUGCUUUAAGACAUUCGCACACAAACGAGUUCACAAGGGAAUGCCACAUGGACAAUACGGAAACGAAAGUGAUAUCAAAAUUGAAUGAUAGGGAAAAGAAGCAAGCUGCCUUACCUAUCGCUGUUUUUGGAAUGGAAAUGGUCGAAAAAUUUUAUUCAAAACAAUUCACGGAUAAGGAGGAGGGCCUGAUGCAAUUGAAGGAGGAGCUAAAGACCUUUGAUCCGGAAGUUUCCAAACAUUCUGCGAAUAAAACAGCCAGAGCUGCAAUCUUGCUGCUGCAUAGAGCUCUUAGAGAUAAAGUCUUCAGCGUAUAUAGUCUAGCAGCGCAAUUAAUUAGAAUUUUCUUCUCAGAAUUUGCAACUGAUAGGGUAUCUUCUGCGGAAAUUGCACGAAGCGUAGAAAGACUACUUCCUGAAUUACUGACAAAAUCAGGCGAUACUACUCCAAGAAUUCAUAACAUGGCAGUGCAUACAAUACUCAGUAUGGCAGAUUGUAAAUGCGUCAGAGAGUUGCAUAUUAUUCCUGUGCACUUGACAAGACCCGUUAGUAGUAGCACUCAUCAAAGAUUAGCCCUUAGCAGGUUAGAAAUGGUGGAGCAAUUAAUUCUCAACCACGGAAUAUCGACUGACAAACAAAGUGGACUCACUUGUCGGACCUUAUCAGAAUUGGGAUCCUCGGGAUUGCAUCAUCCAGCAGAAGCGGUUAGGAAAGUCUCCGAGAGAAUUUUGGUAUUGGUCUACAAGGUAAAUCCCAGACUGGUCCGUAAGCAAUUACCUCCUGACGAUGACAUCACCAGAAGGAAUUUAUUGUACCGUCAACUUUUUCAUGAAUUCGACCUCAUUGAUCUUCAGAGGAAAAAGGAAGCGGAAGCGAGUCAUAAAACAACUACACCCACACGAACGAAAUCAACGGAAAAUAAUGUAGCGAAUUUAACGAAAUCUCCUUCGAGAACGAGUCCUGUUGUGAGUACCGGAAGCUCAACAAGUAUAACAUCUCCGUCCGAGAAUAGUACAGAACAUAAAGGUGACAAGAUAUGCAUAUUUUGCCUCUCCAAGGGACAAGGAUAUUCCGAAGAGGGAUUAAACAUUCAUUAUUGGAGAAAUUGCCCUAUGUUAACAAAGUGUGAGGCAUGUAAGCAAGUGGUGGAAAUUUCAUAUUUGAACUUGCAUUUGUUAAAUGAAUGUGAUAUGAGAAGCAAUUACGUAAAAUGUGACACAUGCAAGCAAGCCAUUCAUGAAAAUUCCUUCGAAGAACAUAGAAAAGAUAACAAGUGUACAAAACCUAUUGAAGGUUAUGAUCGUUGUCCAUUGUGCUCCGCUCUUGUCAAUCAAAAUAAAUGGAGGGAGCAUUUGAUGGGUGAUCAUCCCUGUGCGAAUAACCCUCGAAAUAAAUCAGGAAAAAGCUGUUCAAAAUCACCAUCAAAUUCUCAGAAUCUCAGCGGAAAAAUAACCACACCAACUAGUAGAGAUUACUAGCGUCAACCGACAACUUCGAAUCUUUCGGAGUGUAAAAGAUUUUAGAAAAGGUUUUUCUUUUGUUUUCUUUUAUAGUUUAUCUAUAUGUUAUGAGCUAUCCAGCAUUUUUCAUAUUUAUAUACUUGUAUUUAAAUGUUUUUUAUAGCAAAACCCGUCCUUUAUUAGUAGAUAUUCUCCAUGUUAAACAAAUUUUUAAUCGUAAGUUGAAAUCUUCUAAUCCCUAGGAUCUAGAAACCUUGUUAUCAGCUAAAUUUGAGAACGAAAGAAAAUCUAAUGCAUACUGUAAUUUAAAGCGAAUAUCAAUGAGGCACACGAUAGAUAUUCAUCUUUUCCAACUUUAAUAUACAGUAGAAACAAGAAGUUCUCUGCGAUUUAAUAACAUAUUGUUGAAUACUAUGGCAGUAGCCAUCUCAGAAUUAAUGAUUCCUCUAUAUCCGGCCAUGUUUAUAACAAUAUUUGUACUAUAAUCAGCAAAACAUCUUGAAUUUAAUGGCCAAAAAUAAAAAGGGAAAGAGUAUCUGUCGCUCAAACUAUAUAAAGAUUA